GCGACCCGGGCAUGCGCGCUUCCCCAACACGACCAGGGGAGAUACACGCGCGACCCGGAAGGCCUUCCCGCAACAAUCCAGAGCGGGCGUGAGGGGGGGCUGAUGGCGGAGGGAGCGGCGGAGGCUCCAGCAGAGAGUGGUAGUGGUGGCGACCCACGAGCCAGCGAGCCGGAACGGGGAGUGGCGCCCAUUAAACCUCAAUACCUCACCACCAAGGAGCAGUUCCAUGAAUUCCUGGAAGCCAAAGGGCAGGAGAAGCCCAGCCAGGAAACCAAGGCAGGAGACCCUGGUGGCAAUGACCUGCCUGAGCCUGAGGCCAAGCGGAUCCGACUGGAGGAUGGGCAGCCAGAGGAGACAGCUGAGCCUGGGGAGCAGCCUCAGGCUCGGAAGAGGGCCCGGGGUCAGAACAAGGGCCGGCCCCAUGUGAAGCCCACCCACUAUGACAAGAACAGGCUCUGCCCCUCCCUGAUCCAGGAGUCGGCCACUAAAUGUUUCUUUGGGGACCGCUGCCGCUUCCUGCACGAUGUGGACCGCUACCUGGAGACCAAGCCAGCUGACCUGGGCCCCUGCUGUGUGCUCUUUGAGACCUUCGGCAGGUGUCCUUAUGGCGUCACCUGCCGCUUUGCCAGGGCCCAUCUGGGGCCCGAGGGCCAGAAUCUGGUGCAGGAGGGGUUGGUCCAGGCCCCGCCUGUCCGCAAUGGCCUGGACAAAGCCCUGCAGCAGCAGCUGAGAAAACGCAAAAUCUGCUUCGAGCGUGCAGAGCAGGCCCUGCGCCAGCUGGGCAAGGGCCAGUUGCCAGGCCCUGCCUCCUCUGCCACUGUCCCUGAGACCACAGAGGCUGAAGGUGCCCACGCCCAGCAGGCCCCCCAGGAGCCGGGCAUCGUUGUCACUCCCAGUGGCCCUUUAAGGACCUGUGGGCCUCUGACAGACGAGGAUGUAGUCAGGUUGCGGCCCUGUGAGAAGAAGCGGCUGGACAUCAGUGGCAAACUGUACCUGGCCCCGCUCACCACGUGCGGGAACCUUCCCUUCCGGCGGAUCUGUAAGCGCUUCGGGGCUGAUGUGACCUGCGGGGAGAUGGCUGUGUGCACCAACCUGCUGCAGGGCCAGACGUCCGAGUGGGCGCUGCUCAAACGCCACCCAUGCGAGGAUGUCUUUGGCGUCCAGCUCGAGGGCGCCUUCCCUGACACCAUGACCAAGUGUGCCGAGCUGCUGAACCGCACCGUUGAGGUGGAUUUUGUGGACAUCAAUGUCGGUUGCCCCAUUGACCUUGUGUACAAGAAGAGCUCCAGCCGCUGGUCUCUGCCAGGGCGGGGGCUGCGCCCUCAUGAGCCGCUCCACCAAGUUCCAGCAGAUCGUCCGCGGCAUGAACCAGGUGCUGGAUGUGCCGCUGACGGUGAAGAUUCGCACGGGCGUCCAGGAGCGCGUGAACCUGGCUCACCGGCUGCUUCCCGAGCUGCGGGACUGGGGGGCGGCGCUGGUCACGGUGGGUCUCGGGGUGCAGCGGGGGUCGGGGCCCCUGAGGCUCAUCUCCUCCUAAUGGUCCCUCUCCUCCUGCUCCUUCUCGUGGUCUCUGGCUCUCCCUCCAUCUCUGUCUCUGUCUCUGUGUGUCUGUCUCUCUCUCUGUCUCUCUCAGCCUGGUUCCUCCCGAUCCCUCUGGGUCUCUUUCUCUUCCUCUGUCUCUGUCUGACCCUCCGCCUCCCUGGACCCUCCCUCCCUCCCCGCACGGCCACCUCUCCUCCAGCUCCACGGCCGCUCACGGGAGCAGCGCUACACCAAGUUGGCCGACUGGCAGUACAUCGAGCAAUGUGUGACCGCAGCCAGCCCCAUGCCCCUUUUCGGAAAUGGGGACAUCUUGUCGUACGAGGAUGCCAACCGCGCCCUGCAGACUGGUGUCGCUGGGAUCAUGAUUGCCCGCGGUGCCCUGCUCAAGCCAUGGCUGUUCACGGAGAUCAGAGAGCAGCGGCACUGGGACAUCUCCUCGUCCGAGCGCCUGGACAUCCUGCGGGACUUCACGCACUACGGCCUGGAGCACUGGGGCUCGGACACGCAGGGCGUGGAAAAGACCCGUCGCUUCCUCCUUGAGUGGCUGUCUUUCCUGUGCAGGUAUGUGCCCGUGGGCCUGCUGGAGCGGCUUCCGCAGAGGAUCAACGAGCGGCCACCCUACUACCUGGGCCGUGACUACCUGGAGACGCUCAUGGCCAGCCAGAAGGCGGCCGACUGGAUCCGCAUCAG